AUGAUCCGCCGCGCUUGUUCGAUAGCACGUAGGCAGCAAGCAGCGGUUUCUUGCCUGGCUUCCACUACCCUACCGUGUCACUUCUUGCGCCGACUACAUAAUAAAACGAUGUUGAAGAUCUACCAAGCAACCUUAAUUGCCCAUCUGGCGUUCAAUGGGGUCUUCGCUCACGACAAUGGUCUGGCAAUCACCCCACCGAUGGGAUGGAAUACCUGGAACAAGUAUGGCUGUAAUAUCAACGAAGACAUCAUCAUUUCGGCAGCAAAGGCAAUUAAAUCCGAGGGACUCGACAAACUAGGAUAUACUUACAUCAACAUCGACGACUGCUGGCAAGCACCACAUCGCGGGCCUAGGAAUGAACCGGUAGCUGACCCGGAAAAGUUUCCAAAUGGCAUAAAACAUCUCAGCGACCGAGUCCAUGAGCUAGGGUUGAAACUUGGCAUAUAUUCGGAUGCUGGAACCUAUACCUGCGGCAAACGAUAUGGUUCGCUUGGCUACGAAAUCAACGACGCCCAAGCAUAUGCUGAAUGGGGUAUAGAUUAUCUGAAAUAUGAUAACUGCUACAACGAAGGGCUUUCUGGUACACCCAGUAUAUCCGCCACCCGAUACAGGACCAUGAGGGAUGCACUCAACGCAACUGGUCGGCCGAUUGUUUAUUCGCUUUGUCAGUGGGGCGAAGAUCAAGUGUGGAAUUGGGGAGCCACGAUCGCGAAUUCGUGGAGAAUCUCGGGUGAUAUAUAUGAUAACUUCGACAGACCGGAUGAUCGCUGCCCAUGCCCAGACUCGGCUUCUCCUUGCCCUCUAGCUGGUUUCCAUUGUUCAGCCAUGAAUAUCUUGGAAAAGGCUGCUGGUCUUGGCCAAAAAGCAGGCCUAGGUGCUUGGAAUGAUUUGGAUAUGCUCGAGGUUGGGAAUGGUGGAAUGUCAUAUGAUGAAUAUGUUACCCAUUUCUCAAUGUGGGCUCUCGUCAAAUCACCAUUGAUCUUGGGUAACGAUGUUACGAAAAUGUCUUCCGAAACCAAGUCAAUCAUCAGCAACAAAGAAGUCAUUGCCAUCAACCAAGACUCGGAGCAUAGUGCUGGUUAUCGAGUAUGGAAAAGGCCGAGCUCCAAUGGUCGUCAAGGCAAUCUUCAACUUUGGAAAUCAUAUCUUGCUAAUGGAGAGUUCGCCUUGGCCUUCAUAAAUGCUUCGCCCCAACAGAUCGGCAGCUACGUCAUCUCCUUAUCCGAGUUCUUUAUUGAUGAGGGUCAAUGGCCUAUGACUCGUAAUUGGGGAGUCAAAGAUUUGUGGAAUUCGACCGGCGCUAUCACGAUAAGACAAGUCCAAAAUGCUCAUAACAACCAAAUUCCAAUCACCAUGGCUUCAAAUUACAAAGAUCUUCAAUUGAUCUUGAAUAAUAUCCCUUCCAAUGGAAUCAAACUAUUGAAACUAACAGAGCAAAAACAGAAGUAA